AACACAUUCAGCGUUCUCUGAAGAUCACUGCACGCCACAUACCCAGCUGGCCAGCCCUGCUUAAAUCCUCGAAGCGCUCCGUCCUUGUCGGGUGACUCACUUCACGAGCCGCAUUCUCUUCAGAUCCGUAACCCUAAUUCCUCUGACAUGGAAUCCAUCGGUGUCCUCAUGCUCUGCCCAGCGUUCUCCUACCUGGAGCAAGAGCUCGAUAAGCGCUACAAGCUCUACCGGUACUGGAAUUACCCGCAAAGCGCUCAGUUCCUCAAGGAACACGCCAAUUCCAUUCGCGCCGUCGUUGGUAACUCCAACUACGGCGCCGACGCUGCCAUCGACGCCUUACCCAAGUUGGAAAUCGUGUCUAGCUUCAGCGUUGGAGUCGAUAAGAUUGACUUGAACAAGUGCAGGGAAAAGGGGAUUCGGGUUACAAAUACACCUGAUGUGUUGACCGAUGAAGUCGCCGACCUGACGAUCGGCUUGAUUCUGGCUGUGUUGAGGAGGCUCUGUGAGUGUGAUCGGUAUGUGAGGAGCGGGAAAUGGAAGAGGGGUGACUACAAGUUGACCACUAAGUUCUCCGGGAAAACAGUUGGGAUUAUUGGUUUGGGAAGGAUUGGCCAGGCUGUAGCCCAGAGAGCUGAAGGAUUUAACUGUAAAAUAAGCUACUACUCUAGAACAGAGAAAUCAGGCUCAAAUUACAAGUACUAUCCAAGCGUUGUAGAGUUAGCAUCCAACUGUAAUAUUCUGGUUGUUGCCUGUCCUCUUACAGAGGAAACCUAUCAUAUAAUCAACCGCGAGGUGCUCAACGCUCUUGGUCCCAAGGGUAUUCUUAUUAACAUUGGUCGAGGUAAGCAUGUUGAUGAACCAGAACUGGUCUCUGCACUUCUUGAAGGCAGAGUGGGUGGUGCCGGACUAGACGUGUUUGAAGAUGAACCUAACGUACCAGAAGAGUUGUUUGGGCUAGAAAACGUCGUGUUAUUACCUCAUAUUGGAAGCGCCACUGUUGAAACUCGCACUGCCAUGGCUGACCUUGUCCUUGGAAAUCUAGAGGCGUACUUCCAGGGCAAGCCACUGUUAACUCCAUUGGUUUAAUUUGUGCUCAUCAUAGAUUUGUAGAAGAGGUUACAUCUAAUUGAGAUCAUUAUUUCUAGUAUUUGUUGUAUCUUCUCAAGCGAAACCAAGUUCACUUCUCUGCUUUUCUUGUAUGCAAUAAAUUGGUGUGAUGCAAUCAAAUCGCAGAUCUUAUCGUA